CGAACCAGUAGCAACUAGCCCAUCGUAGCCUCCUGGUCCGACCUACUAGGUCUGGUCUUGUAUCUGACCGUCUCUUUCUCCCCUAAACCCUAAACCCACAAAUACAGCCUUCUUUAUCUUUUAUUUGGUUGAUAUUGAAUUCCCUGCAAUGGCUUUCUCCUCAUCUUGCAGGAGAUUUAUCUCCAAAUCAUCUCUAUCGUCCAUCAAAUCAGCCAUCAGGUCAUCCAACGUUCCUAAAUCUCCCUCCAUGCCCACCAGAUCUGCUACUGCUCUCCCAUCAUCCAAACCACCAACCUCCCCUCAAUUCUCCUUUUCCAGGGCUCCAUGUGAGUUGGGAUGCGUUCAGUCGCUGCUGCCACUACACAGCGCGGUGGCGGCGUCGAGGAUGACAUCAUGCUUAAGCACUACAUCCAGGAGUUGCCGUGCGCUCUCUCAGGGCACAUAAUUCAAAGAAAUAAACUGGGGACCUGUUGUCUGCAUCUUUGUCAAAUGGAGUUGAUGGUACGUGAGACAUGUUUGCUGUUAUUGGAGGUGGGCCCUGUCAUCAACUAUACAAUCUAUGACCUAAAACAAUGUGGAACUUCUUUGGAUGAUGUUUCUCAUUACAGUUAUUAGAUACUAUUCGGCUAUUCAUUCAUAAAAACUUAUGAAAGGAAGUUCUAUGAUGACUAGGGAAAUUGUGGUUUGAUGAAUCACAAAUUAUUAAGAGUGCUCAUAGGAUCGUCACAGAUGUUGAUCUUGCAAUGCAGAAAGAGUUGUUUUGUUAAUUUAUAUUUGGAAUGUUGUUAUCUAUAUCUUGUUCUUUCGUUAUAGAGUGCGCAUUUCGCAGUUGUCUGUUA